GUGAGGGGAGCGUGAACGCGCGCGGACAGGGAGACGAGCCGCCGGCGGGGGCGGGGUCAGGGUACUCUGCGGGGGGCGGGGACGCGACGCCCACAUGCGUUGCUUGAGGGGUGCUGAGGCUGGGUUGUGAACAUGUGGGCAGGGCCAGACGACGGGUGCGGGCCGGCCCAGAGCCCUGGCGGCUGCCAGAGUGGGGCGGGACUUGCGAAGCUGCGUCCGGGCUGGGGGCGGGGCCAGAGUUUUGCUAAGAGGACCUGGGGGCAGGCUCGGGACGUUGGGCGGAGACGCUGGGGGCGGGACCAAAUAGUGUGGGGUGGGGAUAAGAGGCGGAGUCUGGGCGUUGGCAGGUUGGAAACUGUGGGCGGGACUAAAGUGCUGGGCGUGUAAGGGGUGGAGUUUGCUCGGUAGGCGGGUGAAGUGGGGAGUGGUCAAAGCGGUGGGCGGGGUGAACUGGGGCGGGGCUAGGGUAUUGCUGGGGCCUUACAAGUUAGUCUGCUGUAGUGAGGGCCACGGGGGCGUGGUCAUGCGGGACAGGGGCGGAGCUAAGGGGGUGGACUUGCUAGGGGCGGGGCCAAAGUUUGGAGGGGAGUGGGGAAAGGGGCAGGAUUUGGGUUUUGAGUGAAGAGGUGAUGACUGAACUGAAGCGUUGUGCUGAGUUUGGCCAAGAUGCUGAUGGUGUAGCCGCAAUGUUGUCCUCGGUGUUUUGGGAGCUUCUAGUGCUACAUGUAUUUUCUGUAAGGGAGAUCACAGCCAAUGAUGGCUACCACACUAGAUUUGAAAUCAAAGGAGGAGAAGGAUGCAGAGUUGGACAAGAGGAUCGAGGCUCUUCGUCGGAAGAAUGAGGCCCUUAUCCGGCGCUACCAGGAGAUUGAGGAGGAUCGGAAAAAAGCUGAACUGGAGGGUGUGGCAGUGACAGCCCCCCGGAAGAGCCGUUCCAUGGAAAAGGAGAAUAUGGCAGUGGAGGAGAAGAGCCUGGGUCCCUCACGGAGGAUUCCUGGGACUCCUCGGCCCCCAGGGGCCAGCAGAGGGGGCCGGACCCAUCCCCAGCAGGGAGGCCGGGCAGGCAUAGGCCGGGCAUCCCGAGGCUGGGAGGAUGGUGCCGGGGAGCAGUUUCGAGGGGGUACUGGGGGCCGGGGCCGGAGGGGCCGGGGCCGGGGAUCCCCUCAUCAGUUAGGGGCAGGAGACAACUCAACCUCUGAUCGCAAGUCCAAGGAGUGGGAGGAGCGGCGCAGGCAGAAUAUCGAGAAGAUGAAUGAGGAGAUGGAGAAGAUUGCCGAAUAUGAGCGCAACCAGCGGGAAGGGGUGCUGGAGCCCAACCCAGUACGCAACUUCCUGGAUGAUCCCCGACGUCGGGGUGGGCCCCUCGAGGAGUCUGAGAGGGAUCGCAGGGAAGGCAGCCGCCGGCAUGGACGCAACUGGGGAGGCUCGGAUUUUGAGCGGGUGCGCUCUGGCUUGGAACAGGAGCGACAGGGCCGCAGGGCUGGCCUGGGCAGUGGGGGCGACAUGACAAUGUCCAUGACGGGCCGGGAGAGGUCAGAGUACCUGCGCUGGAAGCAGGAGAGGGAGAAGAUCGACCAAGAGCGUCUGCAGCGACACCGCAAGCCCACAGGGCAGUGGCGGCGGGAGUGGGAUGCCGAGAAGACCGAUGGCAUGUUCAAGGAUGGUCCAGCCCCUGCCCAUGAACUGUCCCACCGCCAUGAUGACCAAGCGUGGGCAAGACCUCCUAAGCCUCCCACUUUUGGAGAGUUCCUUUCUCAGCACAAAGCCGAAGCCAGCAGCCGCAGGAGGAGAAAGAACAGCCGGCCUCAGGCCAAGGUGGCCCCUCGCGCCUAUAGUGACCAUGAUAAUCGCUGGGAGAGAAAAGAGGAAGCUGUGUCCUCAGCCCCUGAGUCUUCUCAGUCCAUAUCCUUGGAGGAGACGCCCACAGAGCAGCCUUCUGAGACCCCAGCCCCAGCUCAUCGGCCUCCUGAGGAGGAUGGUGAGGAAGAUGUGGGGGAAGAGGAAGAGGGAGAAGAGGGGGAAGAUGAUGAGGAGGAUGAAGAAUGGGAGGAUGUGAGUGAAGAUGUUACUGAGGACGAGGAAGAGGACGAGGAAGAAGAGUUUGAAGAGGAGGAAGAGGGUCCCAAGGACCAGGAAGCAGCAGCUGUUCCUGAUCACCAGGCUGAGGCUGAGCCUGCUGGGAAGCCCACCUGUGAGCAGGUGGACCCCGUGCCUGCUGGGCCCCAGGAGUUGCUGUCCCCAGUCCCCGUUGAACCUCCCAGCCCCUUCUCACCCUCUGAGGACCACCAGCCUGUGUCUGACUGGGGUGAGGAGAUGGAACUGAAUUCUCCCAGCACUGCCCAUUCACCUAGUGCCCACUCUUCUGGAGGUGACCAGCCAGCCCUUGCCUCCUUGGAGAGCAGGCCCAGCUUGGCAGGAACCCCGAAGUCUGAAGAAGAGGGGUCUGAGGCAUCUCCAGGUGGGAUGCAUGAGGCUGGUGGAGAGGUGGGCCCCGAGGGCCAGGAGACGGCGGAGAUCACGGACUUCCAGAGGGUGCGUUUCUGCAAGGUGGUGGCGGCUGCUCCGCCGCCGGGGGCUGCCCGCUGACAGCACCAGCAGACCAGGGUGCCUCGCUCUGCACUAACCUUCAGCUCCUCUGCUUCUGCUACACUCUGUCCAGGAUAGAGUUAAACUUAGUGGGGAGGAGGCAGGUUAGCAACGAGCCCGGCCGGAGGGGAGUCUUCUUCUAAUACCCAGUGGGACCAGUCGUACGAUACUCGUCUGGCCGGCCCUCGGAGUCAGUCCCUGUGAGGCCUGGGUGUGCAGGAGCCUGCAGCUAGGGCUUGAAUUAAACGCGUGCUACCGCCAA